AGAAAAAGGAACUUGGUCGACCCUUGUGUGACUCGAUGGGUAUUUUAGGUGUCGGGAUAUGUAACCGCGUCCUUGGUUUUGUUUUUGGUUCCUUUCCUGUCUCUACAACCUUCUUUUUUUUCCUCAUCCUUUUUCUGCUUUUUUGUAAUAAUGUCGUAUGCAGUGAUUCAAUCCACUUUUGGAUUUCCUGGAGCCAAGCCGUUUAUUAUUGGUUUGGUAGUGGCUCUGCUUGGUACCAAAAAUGGUCGCUUAUUAUGUAAGGUCACAGAUAGCGAGUUGAGAGUAAUGGUGAUAAACGCCGAUUGACCCAUGUGUAAAAAUAUAGUGGCCCAAUCUGUGAUAAAAAAUAUGCGUCGCAGUGUGCUGUAUCUUCCUGCCCGAUAUCGUAUUAAAUUACUCGAGAGAAUCCUGGAUUCACCUCUUGUGACCGUAAGACGGAUGUUGGGGCAAGCGUCUCGUCCAUAUGGCUUGCAGUUAUCUUGGAUCCACCGUAUCAAGAAAGAAAGCUGGUCCGGAACGUGGAUUAUUCCCAAUCUGCAGAAAAAUCCACAACCGGCUGACUGGGCCGAGCAGAUGGUACCCGAAUACGACCUUGUUAUUAUGUACAUCCAUGGUGGAGGAUUCCGCGUGGGAUCUUCAGAUAUGUAUAUGGCCUCGUUCACUCAUAUAAUUGAGCGACUUGACAAAAUCCACGGAUCCAGGGCAGCUAUUCUCUCGGUUGAAUACACGUUGGCUCCUGAAGCGGCUUUUCCUCGGGCUCGCGACGAAUGUGUAGAUGCCUAUCGCUAUUUGGUGCACAGCCUUGGUGUGGAUCCCAGGCGUAUUAUUGUCGCUGGCGACAGCGCAGGCGGCAACUUGACCGCCGUGACUCUUUUGCAUAUCCUGCAGCAACGAGAACAUGCUUCGCUCAAGUCACUGCCGCCUCUUCCUUUACCUGCAGGCGCGGUCAUGAUUUCUCCGUGGAUAACUUUGGAAACCACCGCACCUACAUACGCCACCAACUCAGCUACCGAUUACGUCCAAAUCCGCCAACUAAUUGAUCACAUGCUUGAUUACUUGCCGGAAUUGCGCACCAUGGAUGAUCAACAACGCCACGAGUACAUUUGUCGACCCGAGAUUUCCCCUCUGUAUGCCAACUAUGAAGGAUUCUGCCCUACCCUAGUGACUUACGGUGAAGCCGAAGCAUUUCAACACGACAAUGAACGGCUGGUACAGCGACUGCAACAACAACACGUUCACGUGGAUGUCAUCACUCGAGAAAAUGCAGCUCAUAUCUGGGUCAUUGAGCCUUUCGCUGCUCCUAGUGAAAAGAUCUGGUUGGAAGACUGCUCAAAAAUGGUGGAUUGGUGUGCUGCAACGGUUAAAAAUGCACGGGGAUUCUAAAGAUGAGAACUUUAUUUACAAAACUGUAUCAAUA